AUGUCUGGUAAGUAUGACUUCGACGAGGGCAAGGACAUGGAGGAUGCCGAGCCCACGGGCCUGCACCGCGCGGCGGCCUUCGAGGCGCUGGAGCAGAUGCUGGCGCUGCAGAGCGAGCAGACGGACUGGACCUUCAAGGUGUUCAAGUGCAUCGUCAAGCUCACUGUUGCCGUCGCCGCCGCUCUCGUAGUCACCGCUGCUCUUGGCCAGCGUCCCGAGCGCUACCAAGAGUUGCGGUCUACGAGCACGAACGCACCUGGAAUGGCGUACAAAGAGAACAAGGUGUCGGACAAGAGUGGCGUGGGCUUUGCGGGCUUGGUGGGGUGGCAGUCGACACGCAGCGGCUGGUGGACCUGCCCCGGCGCGACCAGGCCAAGGUACUUGUAG